AUGGAUAGUCUCUUUCCGUACGCACUGAGGCGUAAGAUGACUAUGCUUGUAUGCAGCACACUAACCGACGAGUACAAGCUUGACUUAGGAGCAAAGACUCAGCCACCUGUCAACAUCAAUGAUCCCCUCUUCAGUACCUAUCAUCCCAUGGCUGUCAGCAAAGUACAAUUCACCAUGGAUGUCAAACUCUAUAUAGUGAAACACCCAGAAGAUCCAAAUUAUCAGAUGCUGCUCAUGCAAGUCAAGCAUAGGUUAAACAAGGGCAGGAGAAACCAGGUCUACACAUACACCAAGCAGAAUGAUAACCUUAGCCUUUGUGUUAUCCAAGACAUACUGGAAUAUGCUUUUCUUAACAACACUUUGCCACUCUAUACCCAUGUCCCAGCCCAUCAACUCAGCACCCUAAUCCACUUCAAAGAGAGCAUGAAGGAAAUUCCAAUAUUUCAUCACCCUGUGAAAGAUUCUGAGGGAAGCAGGUCAGCAGGGGCUGCAGCUAACUUAAGACAUCUUAAUGAGCACUCUCAGAAUAUUAUCAUAGGCCACAAGAGAAGUAGUACCUUCGCCUACUAUGUCCAGCUCACUACUAAUUUAAGUUUAACUCAUGAUGCAUCCAUACCGCAAGAUCUAAGCAAUCAGCAAAAGCAAGAACUUAAGAAGAAUCCUAACCUUACUAAUCUAUACAGGGAGUUCCAAAAGGCUAAGCAUAAAGUUAGAGUGGAAAGAAAGAAGCUGCAUAAGGCUGCUAAGGAGAAACAAUAUAAAGAAUCUUUUAAAGGCAUCAGAAAUCACAUCAUUAAAGGUAACUAUCAGGGCCAGCUAAUUACUUUUAAGCUAGACACCUUAUAUAUAGUACUAGAGAGAAGAGCUCUUGCAGACCUUAAGUUUAAGAACAGAGAUAUGUACAAAGUCAAUGACACUAAGCUGGUGGAGGACCAGAUCUAA